CAACUUUUCUACCCACAGGAAAGGGCUGUUUGUUUCUGGUUUCCACAACGUGCCUGUUCCAAAUAAUCCAGCUUUUACCAUCAUAUCUUAAAGGCAAGCACCUUUGUAAAUUGCUGGCGGCCAAGAAAACAGAAUCAGCAGCAUUGAGCAUUUCCCGAACAGCUGCUCUAAGAUUUGCACAGCUCACUACAGUGAUUUGAAAUUGCAAGGGAAAUAAACUGACUGCUUCAAUAGUCAGGAGAGGUUUGGGUAAUCAAAGUCCUUGAAUUCUCACCUCCUGUGCUGGAUUUUACCAAUUGCAGGAUUCUUCAUAUUCUGUGACAAGCAAGAUGGACAAUUUUUCCAUGAUGCCAGAUGAUGAAACAACUUUUGACUAUGGUCCGGAUACGGCCCCAGUCCACAGCGAGAAGGGGAAAACAUUUGCGUCUAAUUUUGUGCCACCGCUUUACUCUCUGGUGUUCAUAUUUGGCCUGCUGGGCAACGCACUGGUGGUGCUGAUUCUCAUCAGAUACAAGAAGCUCAAGAACAUGACUGAUAUCUACCUGCUCAAUUUAGCCAUCUCGGACUUGCUUUUUAUCUUCUCGCUCCCAUUUUGGGCUCAUUACGCAGCCCACCAAUGGGUAUUUGGAGAUGCAAUGUGCAAAAUUCUCUCUGGGGUCUAUUGUGUAGGCUUCUACAGCGGAAGUUUUUUUAUCAUCCUUUUGACAAUUGAUAGAUACCUAGCCAUCGUCCAUGCCGUGUUCGCAUUAAAAGCCAGGACGAUCACCUAUGGCACCCUCACAAGUGUCGUCACUUGGGUGGUGGCCUUAUUCGCCUCUGUGCCAGAAUUUGUAUUUCACCAUGUUCAAAAGGAAUCAGGGAAGCACAAAUGUACCAUUCAUUAUCCUUCAAAACAUGAAAAUGAUUGGAAGCAAUUUUUAACUUUAAUGAGGGUUGUCUUGGGCCUAGCUCUUCCCGCAGUCAUCAUUGUCUUCUGUUACAUGCAGAUUAUAAAGAUUUUGAUUAAGGGUAGAAAUGAGAGAAAGCAGAAGGCUGUCAAGCUUAUUUCUGUCAUCAUGAUUGUUUACUUCCUUUUAUGGAUGCCAUACAACAUCACUCUUUUGUUACAGACCUAUCAAGAUUCAAUUUUCUCAUGUGGCUUAAAAAAUGAUUGUGAGAGCAAGUUAUCUGUAGCCAUUGCUGUGACAGAAGCAAUUGCUAUGAUCCACUGUUGCAUCAACCCUGUGAUCUAUGCCUUUGUGGGGGAGAAAUUUAGGAAAUAUCUCUCUAUUUUUUCCCAGAGGUGUAUGUUAGCCCUUCUCUGCACAGGUCGUGGUCACCCUCAUUUAGACCGGUCUACUUCGUCCUAUACCAGUUCAACAGAACAUGACCUUUCUGUUGGUUUGUGAAGUGAUUUCCAGUUUUAUUUGCAAAUAGUUUAGUUGGUAUGUCUGGGAGAAGUAUGCCAGACUGCUAAGGGGGAGAGAGAAAUGAUAGCCUAUGAUCUUUAGAAGGACACCAUUUCAUCGUCCCUUCCCACUUAGAAAUCUCAUGGGGGAAGGAAGCAGGCAGAUUUGGUGAGACACAAUCUGGUGAACUAACCCGCUAUUAUAGGUGUUGCAUAACCACUCACACAAAUGACUGAAAAGAUUGUGCAUGUAUAAAUAGAAACCAGUUGUGUUUGGAAGGUGAAGACACUUCAUAUAGGACUUCUUUCAAUAUGAGAUACAGAAUCUGAUCCAAGGACCAUGAAGCACAGGAUGUUAAUUACAUACCUCCAUCAACAUUUGGUCUUCCUUGAUAGGUUCAUAUGAGCAUUUGAAGCUGUCUUAGGUGAUCCAUUAACCCAUUACUUUCUACUUAGAUAGGCAGCAGUUGAUCCAGGGCUUCAGGUUGUGUUUUUCUGCUACCAUAGGAUCAUUUAACUGAAGUGAAGCUGGUACUUCCUCCAUGUUAAGCUCCACCAAAUUCAAUGGAACCUACUCCCAGUGAACUCUGUAUACAACUGCAGUCAUGCUGAUCCUAAUAAAUUUUGUAUUAUGCCA